AGCCUGAGGGGGUCCCCACCGAGCCUAGUGUCAAGCCGAGGCGCGGGAAGGGCACGUUCGCCUUAGCCGGGGCCGGGGCCCAGCUCUAGGCCUGCGGGCAGCGGGCUCCUGCCCCCAGGGGUAGCUCAGGCGCAGCCGGCGGCCACAGUUCCCGCCUCGCCCCGCUAGGUGGCGCCCCGAGCUCGGUUGCGGGGCGCCAGAGCGGCCGCAGCUGGAGGCUGCCUCGGAGGCAGCGGCUGGGCGCGUCCGGGCAGCCUGGCUGGGGGAAGCGCUCGCUGUGCAGCCGCCGGGCCUGGGCUGGGAGGAGCCGGGGCUGCUAUGAGCGCAGGCGGGGGCCGGGAGGAGGAGGGAGCCGCCGCCGCCGCCGUGAUGCUGCAGCUGCUCCGGGAGCAAGUGGAGCCCCCGGCGGAGGAGAGCAGGGCUCAGCGCUUCGCUCUCUGCCUGCCCCCUGGGGAGGAGGUAAAAGAAGUAGAAGAAACUAUAGAAGAGAUGUUAAUAAGGCUGGAUGAGUUCUGUGGCGUGACUGAUGUGAUUAGAAGCGAUACAUCCCAGAUCCUGGACGAGACCAUUCCGCUCAUUAAAGCCAAGGUGGUAGAAAUGAACUACAUCUAUGCCAAAGUUGAUAAAUUAGAGGCAUUUGUUAAAAUGGUUGGACGCCAUGUCUCUUUUCUAGAAGAACAAGUGCUUCAAGCGGAGGGGAACCACAGCACUGUGUCUCAUGCAGUUCGCAAACUACUUCAGUCUGCAGCUAUACCGUCUUUUAAAAAUAAGCAUACUUCAUCAGCACAGCAUACAUAUGACCUGCCUAAACUCUACAGAACUGAAGAUUAUUUUCCUAGGAACUAUGUAGGUACAAAGUAUCAAAGCCACUAGUAGCUGACUUCAUCUUAUAAGCAGCUUUUUAGGGAAAUGUUGCUUGAAAUGUUUUCAUGUCUGACUUUUGUUUUUAUGAUUCAUGUUUUGUUCAAAUAAAAACUUGAGAAUUCUGCUAAGAGGUAAAUGUAUAGCAGCGAUGGGGAAGGAGUGGCCUGCGAGUUUACUAUAUAUGCAUUUAGCUCCCUUAUUUUAAGGGGAGCCUAAAUAGUAUGCAUGGGGAAGAAAUGUAAAUAUAGUUCAGAAUAGAUUUGUUCACAAUGUUUUAUGCUAUUGCUGGGGAAAAAAAUAAAAACUCAUUUUGUUUACAGUGACAUUUUAGAAACCAAUUUGUUUACAUAUUUGAUCAGAAGAUUGCAGAUUGCUGUAUGUGUAUAGCAUAUUAAAACUAUUUCAUGUUAUGUGAUUUUCCUCCCACAUUUGAUAUGUUACUUUAUAGAUAUUUACCACAGUCUUUUGGUAAUAUUUCAUACCAAAAGCCUCCCACUGUUUUGAAUUUACAAGAUAAAUCUUAAACCUCUAAAAUCAAUGUGGUCCAAUUUUGGAAAUUCAGUAAGUUACACAUGGCUGAGACUUUCACUGAAAAUUGGAUCAGCUUCAAAAGCUGUUGUAUAAUGUAACUUGAAUGGUGUAAAUAAAUUUCUG